CGCGUCCGCGCCUGCGCACCCCGCGCGCGCCCGUCUCGGUCGUGGAGCGGCCUCCCGCGGUCUCCUCUGCAAAUGGGCUCCGUGGCCUAGCGCCCCCGUCCCCGCCUCCCGUGAUCGUGCGCCGAGGCCCGGAGGGGUCGCCGCCCAGGUCCCACCAGCCCGCAAGCCAGAGCAUGGCGGCCAUCCCCUCCAGCGGCUCGCUCGUGGCCACCCACGACUACUACCGGCGCCGCCUGGGUUCCACUUCCAGCAACAGUUCCUGCGGUAGUACCGAGAGCCCCGCGGAAGCCAUUCCCCACCCCCCGGGUAUCCCCAAGGCUGAUCCGGGGCACUGGUGGGCCAGCUUCUUUUUCGGGAAGUCCACCCUCCCGUUCAUGGCCACGGUACUGGAGUCUGCAGAGCACCCGGAACCCCCCCAGGCCUCCCGCAGCGUGACCACCCGUGGCCUGGCUCAGGACGCGCUGAGGAAGCAGCCCGGUGGUCAGCCCAGCACAGCCAGCACUGGGCCGCCGUCCUGACCUGAGCGAUGACCACCAGCUCCAGGCCUGCGGAGGCGCUAGGCCACCAGAGCCCCUCCCGCCCCGCAAACCCCCACGCCCCCCAACCCCCCUCCCCCGUAGAUUAGGCGGCUGCAGCCGGCAGACCUCCACAUCCACACAGCAGACACCAAAAAGGAGUGAGGGCCCGGCUCUCCACCGCCCGGCAGCUUUCCUGACACCCAGAACUGUGCACCUGGCACCAAGCGGAAAAUAAAUUCCAAGCAGCCGCAGC